UAUUAUAUCGUGAUAUUGUCUAAGGCGCAUACCGGUUUCACCGCGACGCGGUAUUUCAAUUCCGACCAUACGAUGAUAAGUAUUAUCAUGCCAUGACUGGAACAGAACUAAUUCUUGCAACAAUAUGCAAUGCCAGUUUUUGCGACAAUGCUUUCAACCAAGUUUUCACUAAUGCAGGUGCAACUGCGCAAAUUUCAGCCAAAGAAACUGAAUUACAACGAUUAAAAAAUGAAUUGAAUGGGAAACAUAUUAAAGUUGCUACUUAUAAUGAUUAUCCAAUGAGUUGGACCGAAAGAGAAGAAAAUGGUACAUUAGUUGGUCAUGGUGUUGCUUUUGUUCUUAUGACCAUAUUACAACAAAGAUUUAAUUUCACAUUUGAAAUAGUUUUGCCUGAAAGGAACAUUGUAUUUGAUCGAAAAUCUGAGUUAUCUCUAAUAGGACUAGUUAAUAGCAGCAAAGUAGAUAUGGCAGCGGCUUUCAUACCAACAUUUUUGAAAUACAAAAAUAUGGUUAAAUUUUCGCUUGAGCUUGAUGAAGGUGUAUGGCUGAUGAUGUUAAAGCGGCCCAAGGAAUCGGCAGCUGGAUCUGGACUCUUAGCACCUUUUGCGACUUACGUUUGGUAUUUAAUACUCGCGGCGGUAAUAUGCUAUGGACCGUGCAUAACUUUUUUGACAUGGUUACGUGCAAAAUUAAUACAAGAUAAUGAAAAAUAUAUUGCUCUCAGUCCAAGUGUGUGGUUUGUCUACGGGGCCUUUAUUAAACAAGGCACAACUCUUGCUCCUGAUGCAAACACAACACGAGUACUUUUUGCGACUUGGUGGUUGUUUGUAAUACUUCUGUCCGCAUUUUAUACGGCUAAUCUCACAGCCUUUCUCACCUUGUCUAAAUUUACACUGGAUAUUGAAAAACCUGAAGAUUUAUAUAAGAAGAAUUAUCGCUGGGUGGCACCUGAAGGAGGACCCGUGUAUAACAUUAUCGAAAAUCCAGAAGAGAAUCUUUACUAUUUAAGCAAAAUGGUAGCGAACGGUCGAGCUCAGUUCAAAUUUGUAAACAAAGAUGAAGACUAUCUACCCAUGGUCAAUGGCGGAGCGGUACUAGUCAAGGAACAAGCGGCGAUAUACACCCUUAUGUACGAAGACUAUUUGAAGAAAACGAAGGAGGGAGUCGCGGAGUCCGAUAAAUGUCCCUAUGUCGUUGCUACUUAUCCUUUUAUGAAAGAACAAAGAGCUUUCGCUUACCCGCAGAAUAGUACUCUACGAGUAUUAUUUGAUAGGGUACUAUUUUAUCUGACCCAGUCUGGAAUAGUAAAAUUUCUGCAGCUUAAAGACUUGCCAAGUGCAAGAAUAUGUCCUCUCGACCUACAAUCAAAGGACCGCCAACUGCGCAACAGUGACCUCAUGAUGACCUAUGUUAUUAUGAUGACUGGAUUAGCUGCCGCCAUUGCAGUGUUUGUUGGUGAGAUAUGUUUCAAGCGCCGGUUUUCAAUGAGCACAAAUUUUCAAGAUAGAGAUGUUGGUAUUUCGCCAAGGAAGCCAAAGAAACAAAGAAUUAAAGCUCUCCGAUUAAGGAACUAUUAUGAUACCAAUCCUCCGCCAUAUGACUCGCUCUUUGGAAACUCAAAAUAUAAAUUCAAUAGUAAUUCUGAAAGAAGGAUUAUUAACGGGCGUGAAUAUUACGUUGCACACACAACUAAUGGGGAUAUCCGUUUAAUUCCUGUUAGGACGCCUUCUGCGUUUCUGUAUCAAUAAGUUAUAUAUAUGAUACUAUAUUAAGCGACUUAUACAUGCUACGACGAUCUCUGAAAUAACUUAAAUCAACAGUCGAAAAAAAAUCUACUUAGACGUUUCUUUUUUGGAUCUUGAAUUCACACUGCGUGGAAUAAAAUUAAGAAGAUUUUAGGCAGAUACAAGAAAGCGUUGUCGCCCUAUCUCUUAAUAUUCAUAAUAACUGUUUACUACGCCCUUGAGUUAGCGCACUCAAGAGGGUAUCUCAGAAUCUGUUUGACCGAUUUGAAAUAUUCCUCUUGUAUAGGAUAGCCUGGUUAUCGAGGAAUAAGUAAAAAAAUAUAUCAUGGAUAAACCUCUCUAGUAUAAUUAAGUAUAAAAUAUUUCGGAAUGUUAAGUAGUUUUGAAGCACAUGUACUCUUUUAUUUUUACUCAACUGUUUAUUGUAUAGAAGUUAGCACAGUUUUAUGAAUCUUACAUCGGAGCAGAUAAGCACAAAAUAAAAUGUGUUCUGAAAAACAAAAA